AUGGGGGCUGCGGGCGCAGAGCACCCUGUGCCACGACGAGGGCCAGCUGAGCCAAGAAGCCACCGGCAAGCAGGGACACAGUGCGGUGCUGGUGGGGGCCGGGGGCCAGCACAGCCAGGCAGGGUUGCAGCCAGCCAGGAUGGGGCGGCCCUGAGGUCCCUCCACCUCCCCAGCAGCACCACCACCCCCCGGACCUGGAUCCUGGACCCCUCCGGAGACUGGUACUACUGGUGGAUCAGCAUCAUGGUGCUGCCCAUCCUCUACAACUGGGUCGUCCUCGUCUGCAGGUCCUGCUUCCCCGAGCUGCAGGAGCAGCACACGGUGCUGUGGCUGAGCCUGGACUACCUCUGCGACGCACUCUACCUGCUGGACAUCGCCGUGCGCCUCCACACCGGCUUCCUGGAGGAUGGCAUCCUGGUGCGGGACUGUGGCCGGAUCCGGCGGCGCUACCUGCGCUCCCCAUCGUUCCCCUGGGACGUGGCUGCGGUGCUGCCCACCGACCUGCUCUACCUGCGCCUGGGGACAGGGGUGCCGGUGGUGCGUGCCAACCGCUGCCUGCGGACGCCGCGGCUCUUUGAGGCCUUUGACCGCUGGGAGACGCGCACAGCCCACCCCAACGCCUUCCGCGUCACCAAGCUGAUGCUCUACAUCUUCAUCACCAUCGACUGGCACGGCUGCCUCUACUUCGCCCUCUCGGCCUGGCUGGGGCUGGGCACCGACACCUGGGUCUGCCCCAACGCCAGCCGCCCCGGCUUCGCCCGCCCGCUGCGGCAGUACCUCCAUAGCUUCUACUUCUCCACCCUCAUCCUCACCACCGUGGGUGACACGCCAGAGCCCCGGCGUGAGGAGGAGUUCCUCUUUGUCACCACCGGCUUCCUCCUGGCUGUGCUGGGCUUUGCCACCAUCACAGGCAGCAUCAGCUCCGUCAUCUCCAACAUGAACGCGGCCGACGCCGCCUUCUACCCCGACCCUGAGCCGGUGCGGCGCUACCUGCGGGCGGGGCAGGGUCCCCCCAGGCCGCAGGGUCCCCGCGGGGUGCAGGGUCCCCCCAGGGCAGAGGGUCCCGGUGGGGUGCAGGGUCCCCCCAGGCCGCAGGACCUGGACCUGACGGUGCGCGUCCUGCUGUACACACUGAUCUUCGUGCUGAGCGUCUGUGGGAAUGCCCUGGUUGUGGCCGUGCUGCUCCUGAACCGCCGCCUGCGCACCGUCACCAACUCCUUCCUGCUCUCCCUGGCGCUCAGCGACCUGAUGCUGGCGCUCUGCUGCAUGCCCUUCACGCUCGUCCCCAACCUCAUGGGCACCUUCGUCUUCGGAGAGGCCAUCUGCAAGCUCAUGGCCUACCUCAUGGGUGUCUCCGUCUCAGUCUCUACCUUCAGCCUGGUGGCCAUCGCCAUCGAGCGGUACAGUGCCAUCUGCAACCCGCUGCAGUCCCGCGUCUGGCAGACGCGCUCGCACGCCUGCCGGGUCAUCACCAGCACUUGGCUCUUCUCAGCACUGCUCAUGCUGCCCUACGCCGUCUACAGCACCACACGCGCCGUGCCCGCCCGCGGCGCCCCCCCGCCCGUCAGCCAGUGCACCCACGACUGGCCCAGCGAGCACGUCCGGCAGGCCUGGUACGUCCUGCUGCUCCUCGUCCUCUUCUUCAUCCCGGGCGUGGUGAUGAUCGUGGCUUACGGGCUCAUCUCCCGCGAACUCUACCGAGGCAUCCGCUUCGAGCUGGACAUCAAGGGGGAGGCUGCAGCUCAGCGCAACGGCAGUGGGGAGCCGGUGCUCGCCUGUGACGAGGGGGACGGCUGCUACCUGCAGCUCUCCCGGCCGGGUGGCGCACUGGAGCUGCGGGCGCUGGGCGCGGCGGGUGCACAGCAGGACCGGGCGCGCAUCAACAGCUCAGAGGCGAAGCUGGUGGCCAAGAGGCGCGUGAUCCGCAUGCUGGUGGUCAUCGUGGCCAUGUUCUUCCUCUGCUGGCUACCCAUCUUCACCGCCAACACGUGGCGCGCCUUCGCCCCACGGGCGGCCCAGCGGGCGCUCUCAGGGACGCCCAUCUCCUUCAUCCACCUCCUCUCCUAUACCUCCGCCUGCGCCAAUCCCCUCAUCUACUGCUUCAUGAACCGCCGCUUCCGCAAAGCCUUCCUGGCCACCUGCGCCGGCUGCCGCCGCGCCUGCCCGCACCGCCCGCUCGAGGAGGAGGUGGCCAACGCCAACGCCUCGCUCUCCAAGUUCACCCCCGCCGCGUACUGGACGGGCGACAUCCCGGCACAUGACGUCUGGCAGCAGAGCCGCCAGGACCAGCUGCUGGCCCUGCGCACCGUCACCGGGCUGCUGCGCCGGCACCUGGGCUCCCUGCCCGUCUACCCGGCCGUGGGCAACCACGAGGCCACUCCCGUCAAUGCCUUUCCCCCGCCAUACGUGCGGGGCAACCAGUCCUCCGCCUGGCUGUACGACGCCAUGGCCGAGGCCUGGCAGGACUGGCUGCCUCCCCCAGCGCUGCAGACCCUCCGGUGGGGGCGGCUGUUGGUGCACAUCAUCGGGCACAUCCCCCCGGCCCACUGCCUGCGCAGCUGGAGCUGGAACUACUACCGCAUCGUCAGCAGGUUUGAGGGCACCAUCGCAGCUCAGUUCUUCGGGCACACGCACGUGGACGAGUUUGAGAUGUUCUACGACGAGGAGACGCUGACGCGCCCCGUCUCUGUCGCCUUCGUGGCCCCCAGCGUCACCACCUACAUCAACCUCAACCCUGGCUACCGCGUGUACGAGGUGGAUGGUGCCUACCCCGGCAGCUCCCACGCCGUGCUGGACCACGAGACCUUCAUCCUCAACCUCACCGAGGCCAACGCGCCGGGGGCAGAGCCACGCUGGCAGCGCCUCUACCGCGCCCGCGACGCCUACGGGCUGCCCAGCGCCUUCCCCACCGACUGGGACCAGCUCAUCCGCCGCUUCCAGGACGACGAGCGCCUCUUCCAGCGCUUCUGGUUCCUCUUCCACAAGGGCCACCCGCCCCGCGAGCCCUGCCUGGCCGCCUGCAAGGCGGCACUGCUCUGCGCCCUGCGCACCGGCCGCUCCGCCGACCCCAGCCUCUGCCAGCCCCUGCGCCCGGCGCUGCCCUUCCCACGCAUCCAGGAGCUCUGGCGGCAGCGGCGGCUCUGCUGA